AUGGCUGUCAACACAGUUCCAAACCCUCUCGUCUCCACCCAGAAGUCCUCAGAUACCAGCCUCCAAGUCGCCCUCCAUCCACUUGUUCUCCUGACAAUCUCUGAUUACAUUACGAGACAUACGCUUCGUAAUCAGAAAGGCCCAAUCGUGGGUGCUUUACUGGGUCAGCCAAAUGGCAGAGAAAUCACCAUUGAGCAUGCCUUUGAUUGUCUACUGGUCGACGUAGAUGGGGAGAUGCUCUUGGACACGGCUUGGUUCGGUGACCGGUUACAGCAAAUGAAGGAUGUACACAAAGUCCCCGCUCUGGACCUUGUUGGCUGGUACACUAUUCUCCCACCAUCUGGCCCGGAGCCAUGCCACCUCCCACUACACAAACAGAUCCUUCAGUUCCACAACGAAUCUGCGGUUCUUUUAGGCUUCCACCCAUCAGAGGUUCUUGACGGCUCUGUUGGCGGCAAGCUCCCUUUGACUAUCUACGAGAGCAACUUCGAGGUCGAGGAGACAAGCAGUGGUGAAAAUGGAGAAGACAAGGAGAUGAAAGAUGCAGAGCCGCAACUGGCGCUCAAAUUCAAGUUUAAAGAACUCCCAUAUAGUGUCGAGACGGGCGAGGCCGAGAUGAUUGGCAUUGAUUUCGUUGCGAGAGGAGGAGGCAACGCUACAGCUGUGGACGUCACGGUAGCGCAGAAGUCAGCCGCAAAGCAGACAUCAGACAAGGGCAAGGGAAAGACACUACUAAGAAAGAAGGAAGGCAUCGAGUCGACCCAAGCUGAAGUCCAAAACAUCCUCUCCCGUGAAGAUGAGGAGUUGAUUGCUUCCCUUACAGCCAAGGCAAAUGCGAUCAAGAUGCUGAAUUCACGGAUCAACUUGAUUGCGGUCUAUCUACAGAACCUACCCCCGUCGUAUGUCUCUAGUGCCGAUCCGGGAGACGCCGAAGCUAGUGACAAGCAGUACACCCCCGUCAACCACACGAUUCUUCGAUCGAUCCAGGCGCUGCUUGGCCGACUGAGCCUCCUGAUCCCUGCAGACAGCGCUGCAUUUGAGCGUGAACUAAUGUCCGAGCAAAACGACGUUAACCUCGUAUCACUCCUGAACACAAUCACUACAAGCAUUAAAGAGGCGAAGGAAGCUGGUCGGAAGUUCCAAAUUGUUGACUCGGCGAAGCAGACGAGGCACAAAAUGGACAGAGUCGGACCUGGCUGGCACUUGCCAGCACCUGCUUUCCAGAACAACCUUAUGGGCGUUGGGGAUCUUAUGUAA